UGCUACUACCGACUGCUACUCAACUCACGUUCGUCCAUCUUAUGCUGUGCCUCAUACAUGCGCAUAUUGCUAACUGGCCGGCGUAUAAUAUUCUAACGUUUUUGGGGGAAUUUCUCAUGAGCCUCUCAUCUUGUUAGUUGUUAACACAUAUAGUUAACUACGUUAUCAAACUAAAUUGGUUGAAUUAAUCCUGGGAUAAAGGAAAACGUAGGUUCCUUUCCAUCAAGAUGUCAUACCCCCCUCACCUAAAUCGGAUUCCACAGCUGCCUCCUGGAAUCCCCCCUCCACAGUUUGGAGGGUAUCCUCCCACAGGGCCCCCAGGAGCUCCAAUGAUCCCGGUUCACAUGGGCAUAAUGACACAAGGACCAACGGUCCUGGUACCUUCCACAGUGUCUAUGACACACAAGCCAACAGUUGUAAGAAAGGAGGCAAUCACAUUGCAAACGAAGGGGACAGAGGAGACCAGCAACAACACCAACACUAUUACUACCACCGGCGGCCCGACCACCACAGUGUUUGUUGGGAACAUUUCGGAAAAGGCUUCAGAUAUGCUUGUUCGACAGCUUCUGUCGAAGUGUGGCUUGGUUCUCAGCUGGAAAAGAGUCCAGGGAGCCUCUGGAAAACUUCAAGGUAAAAACAAAACAGCGUUUGGUUUCUGUGAGUACAAGGAGCCUGAGUCCACCCUCCGAUCCCUGCGGCUGCUCCACGAGCUGCAGAUCGGGGACAAGAAGCUGCUGGUGAAGGUCGAUGCCAAGACCAAGGCCCAGCUGGACGAGUGGAAGGCCAAGAAAAGAAAUGCCAAUGGGGCAGCAAAGCCCGAGGAUGGUGCGAAAGACGAGGAGGACGAAGAGGAGAGCUUGGAUGAAGAUACAAAGCGCCGGGACCAGAUAGUGAAAGGGGCAAUCGAAAGCCUAAUUCGUGAGUACUCCAGUGAGCUCAAUGCCCCUUCUCAGGACUCGGAUUCACACCCCCGCAAGAAGCGGAAAGAGAAGAAAGAGGAGGAGGAUAUCAAUGCCAUCGAGAUGGAGGAGGAUAAGAGAGACCUAAUUUCCAGAGAGAUCAGCAAAUUCAGAGACACUCACAAGAAGACUCCAUCGCCUUACGGAGCUGAGCAGAUGGCAUCCAAAGGGGCAUCUGUGGCCAUUUCGUAUCAAUCAGUAGAGAGAGCCAGGAAACUGGAGGAGGAGAAGGAGAAGGAACGGUUGGAGCUGGAGCGCGAGCGCAGAGAGCGGGACAAAGAGAGGGAGCGUGAACGGGAGCGGAGGGACCGUGAACGAGAGAAGGAGAGGGAACGUGAGCGCCUGAAAGAAAGGGAGAAGGAGAGGGAGCGAGACCGAGAACGGGACCGGGACCGCGACAGAGAGUGGGAGAGGAACAAGGAGAGAGAACGGGAACGGGAGAGGGAGCAGGAGAGGAGCCGCGACCGGAGCAGAGACCGCAGCAGAUCCAGGGAGCGCAACCGGGAGGAUAAGAAGAGAGACCGGGAGGAGGAUGAGGAGGAGGCGUAUGAGCGCCGGAAACUUGAGAGGAAGCUCAGGGAGAAGGAGGCCGCCUACCAAGAGCGCCUGAAGAACUGGGAGAUCAGGGAACGGAAGAAAGCGCGGGACUACAGCAAAGAUGCUGAAAGAGAAGACGAGCGACGCAGAGAAAUGGCUAAAGAGGCCAAGCGGCUGAAGGAGUUCCUGGAGGAUUAUGACGACGAUCGAGACGACCCAAAAUACUACAGGGGGAGUGCUCUGCAGAAGCGUCUGAGGGACAGAGAAAAGGAGCAGGAGCUGGACGAGAGGGACCGCAAGCGAGAGAAGGAGGAGCUGGAGGAGAUCCGCCAGAGGCUGCUAGCUGAGGGCCACCCAGACCCUGACGCUGAGCUCCAGAGGAUGGAGCGUGAGGCGGAGCAGCGGCGGCAGCCUCCCCCGAAGCCUGAGGAGCCCGAGGAGGCGCCCAGGGAGCGCAGCAGCCACAGAGAGCAGCGCGACCGGGAACGGGAACGUGACCGGGACCGCGACCGUGAUCGCGAUCGUGAAAGAGAGCGUGAGCGAGAGCGAGAGCACAGGUCUGGAGCCGAGCGGGCCCCCCCCCAGCGCUCCGACCACAGCUCUCCGGAACAGGAGGACGCUGAUGACGGCCCGGACGAGGACGAAGAGAUCGGGGACGAGGAGGAGGAGGCGUCGGAGGCCAAGCCCUGCCUGAAGCCCACGCUCAGACCCGUCACCGCCGCGCCCUCCAUCUCCUCAGCCAGUGGUAACGGCACCCCCCUCACCCCUGGCAACGAGUCGCCAUGCGGCAUCAUCAUCCCCCACGAGAACUCGCCCGAGGCCCAGCCUGCUGAGGAGCACCGACCAAAGAUUGGCCUCAGCCUCAAGCUAGGAGCCACAGGCAGCCCUGGUCAGCCACACGUCGUCAAGCGCAAGAAGCUUGCAACCGUGGAGAGCGUCUUCAACCGUUUCGAGGAGGAGGAGGAAUCGGAGGCGCCCCGCAAGCGCAAGCUGGUGCCUCUGGACUACGGUGAAGACGACCGCGGUGGCAACCUAGGAUUGGACGGCCUGGAUGUGAGCGCGACCAAGGGUGGCGCCAACAGCGAAGAAAAGCGCAAGCACAUCAAGAGCCUGAUCGAGAAGAUCCCCACGGCCAAGGCCGAGCUCUUCUCCUACCCACUGGACUGGUCCAUUGUAGACUCGUCUCUCAUGGAUCGGCGGAUUAGGCCAUGGAUCAACAAGAAGAUCAUCGAGUACAUCGGAGAGGAGGAGGCCACACUUGUUGACUUUGUGUGCUCAAAGGUGAUGGCACACAGCACCCCGCAGACUAUACUUGAUGAUGUCGCCAUGGUGCUAGAUGAGGAAGCUGAAGUCUUCAUAGUGAAGAUGUGGCGGCUGCUGAUCUAUGAAACUGAGGCCAUUAAGAUCGGGCUGGUGAAAUAAAGAUGAAUUCCGGAUAGAGGGGGAAGGCCUGUUUUCCCUGGCUUUGCCCUCUCCUCUAUCUCAGACUAUUUAUUUAACCCCGUGCAGACUAUGGGCCCUGAGAAACAGCACGACCAUGAGAGCGUUGGCCUACACACCCCUGUCCUGCUAGAGAGAAAGCUCCUGUACAAAGCUGUGGCUACUGCUUGUGUGUGUGUCUGAGUGUGUGUGUCUGAGUGUGUGUGUCUGAGUGUGUGUGUCUGAGUGUGUGUGUGUGUGUGUGUGUGUGUGUGUGUGUGUCUGAGUGAGACAGAUAAAUGUGGAAGUGCUAAAAUGUGACCUGACUGCACGGCCAAAGUCUGUUGCCCAAACAGGGGGUGAGGGGGGACCGUGGGACAGUGUUGAGGGGUUUUUAAAUAUGGCACCUGCCACCAAAGUUCAGCCUCCUCCGCAAUUCACUUUGAUUUUGGACGAUCGAUAAGCACUCAGCGCAACUCUUCUGACAAGUGUAAUUAGGAAGAAGGCACUGGUUUAUCAUGGCCUGUAUUUAUAAUGGGCUUCACAGGAGGCCAAUCCAGAUCAUUGGAAGGAACGAAUUAAAGUUUGUUUUGGAACGUGGGGUCCGUCUUCGAAAUGUUUUGGUUUAUGAAAAUGUUGGUGCUUUGCACUUCGACCCACUUAAAGACUUUUGUUUCCAUAGUAAGUGUCCAUGACUAUAAAAUUAAAUAAUGUUUUCCUAAAAA